CAGCGCAGUCGGGUAUGACAUAACUUGAUGGAGUCAGUACAAAGGAGAAGGCGCAGUUGCAGUUUUUAUAAGCUUUUUUAGCAGUAACACCUGAUUGUAUAUUGUAAUAUGUCGACGAAAGGAGAAAAUGAAAAUAUUCCUGGGGAAAGGUUGGAGCUAAAAAAGAAAAUCGGAUUCUGGGGGGCGGUUGCUUUUAUGACGAGUGCUACGGUUGGUUCCGGUAUUUUUGUAUCUCCUGGUGGUGUUGUUAGUGCUGUGCAUGGCAGCGUUGGUCUAAGUAUGGUCGUAUGGGUGACUUGUGGGUUGGUGGCCCUUUUGUCUGCACUUUGUUAUUGUGAGCUCGGUGUCUCUAUAAAGGCGUCGGGCGGUGACUAUGCAAACUUUCAACUUGCUUAUGGUCGACCUGUAGCUUACAUGUAUAUCGUUUCCAUGUCGUUAUUAGAAGUGAGUGCUGGAAUCACCUUACAAGUAUUUGUACAAUAUCUGCUCAGCGGUUUCUUUGGUACAAACUGUGCACUUUCUGAGAGCUUAACCAAAACUGCAGCAAUAUGUGUGCUACUGGUUAUUGUGUUCAUGAACUACAGAAGUGUUCGAUCCGUUGUAAACUUUGAAAUCGUAUUCACCGUCGGUAAAUUUCUGUGUAUGGGCAUUAUCAGCAUCGUAGGAAUCGUUCAACUUAUUAAAGGAAAUGAAGUGGGGACAGAAAACUUUAAAGAGGCUUUUUCACUCGACACGUUGCAAGAAGUUGCGGCAGGAGACAUUGCCCUUGCCAUCUACCAGGGCAUAUUUUCUUAUAACGGAUGGAUGGUUUUAAAUUUCGUAAUGGAAGAAAUAAUAGAUGUAGAGGAAAACCUACCAAAAGCUGUAAUGUUCUCGCUUAGUCUUAUCACAUUGACCUACCUUUGUGUAAACGUCGGAUAUUUUUCAGUUUUGACAGUGCAGGAACUAGCUACAUCGCCAGCAGUAGCAGUGACAUUUGCAAACAAAGUCUUGGGUCCCAUGGCUUGGAUUAUUCCUGUCACAGUGUGCGUGUCAACGCUCGGCAACCAAAACGCCGCAGCUUUUCUUCGGUCUCGGUUCCCAUUUGUAGCAGCAAGAAGUGGCAUGUUACCCAAAAUUUUUACGAUGAUUCACGUAAAGUUCCACACUCCUGGCCCUGCACUUAUACUGACCACGAUGACGAGCGUUGGUUUCAUACUGAUUGGAGAUGUUUAUACACUUUGAUUUACGCCCAGGGUUUUGUGAACUGGAUGUCUAUAGGCUGCAGUGCCGCUAGCGUUUUAGUUCUAAGGUACAAAAGGCCCGACAUUUCAAGACCAUACAAAGCACCCAUCUUUGCUCCAAUUCUCACAUGUCUUUUGUCCAUAUUUUUCCUCGUGGCACCUCUGAUUCUUAACCCACCCGUAUUUAUUCUUUACUUACUCGGUUUCUACUUACUCAUUGCACUUGCCUAUUACGUAUUCAUUGUUAAAAAGUUAAGAUUGCAAGCCAUUGAAACCGCUACGAUUUUCCUGCAAAAACUUCUGCUUGUGGCAGAAACGGACUGGGAUGGAUUGGAGUGGUAAAUCCCUUUAAUUCCUGCAAUUUAAUAUGCUACGUUUAUUCAACUUAACUAUUUUGUUCUAAAUAAAUAACAUUU